GCAUAGCGCAGCGAACCAAAGCCGUAACUUUGUACGAAACUUCUAAGUUGUAUCUCACAGGAAGAUAACUGGAUAAACGCAACUUUGCUGAGACGGCAAACAUCUCUUUGGAAGCUGAAUAAUUGGGCUCCGACCGCUUGCAAUUUUACUGCCACAGAUUCACCCACAGAAAGGAAAGAGGAGAAAAUGCUGCUUAGUAUUUUGAUCAUGACGUCCAGCGGUUGAGGAGGGAAAGAAAGGGCUGGGCGUUCAGCAGGAGAAGAGAGCAGGCCUAUCCCCAGCGAGAGCUCACCAUGCAGGCCUGAGCCUUGAACAGUCACUCCCCUCUCAAGUCUGGAGGCUAUAGAAGCAGCUCAUCAUUCCUCCAUCUCAUCUGUGUCUCUUCCUCCUCCCAUCCCCUCUCUCUUUCCUUUACCCCAUCUCCCUCCAUCUCUAAGGGCAAGCUCAGAGUAGCUGCUCUACUGCCCCAUUCUACUGCCCCUUUCUCUCAGGCUCCGUGACCUCUCAUGACCUCUCCCAGAGGUCAGUGCAGACCCUCUCGACUGUAGAGAUGACCGCCUGUAGAGGCGACAGAAAUGACCAGCGUUAAGCGUCCCCCUGCCGAUCACACGGUCGGGGGGUCCAUCCCGGCCACGGACGAGUUCUACACCCGCCACAUGCGCAUGGCCAAUGGGAGCGCGGCGUCACACGCGGCACGGUCUGAAGGCUCCGCCUACUCCUCCUCGGGGGUGCCCAAAAUGGGGGUGCGCGCCCGGGUCGCCGAGUGGCCCCCCAGGAGAGAGGUCGGAGCGGGCACGCGGCACGGCGUGGCGGAAAUGGACCCCCCCGGCCUCUCGGGCGGCGGCGGGGGAGGGUCCGUGGGCAUCGUGAAGACGAGCGCCGUCAUGACCAAUCAGGACGCGGCGAUGCUGCGCAGCAUCCACAACACGCUGCGGAGCCGCGCCCAGGCCCAGGCGCAGGGGCGGGGUCCCGCCGGACGCUCGGACUCCCCCGACGGCCGCUUCCUGUCCGCCCAGCGGGGCGCCACGCGACGCGUCCGCCAGCGCAGCAACAGCGACGUCACCCUCAGCGAGCUGGACGCCGGCGGGGACGGCGCGGACGACUGGGGCUCGCCGGCCACGCCGGGCGCCAAGUGGUCGCCCCUCCACCGCGUCUACGGCAGCACGUCGUCCAUCGACCAGCAGCACCCGGGCGACAGCAUCCUGGAGCUGCUCAAGGGGCUCCAGAGCGAGGCGUCCGGCGAGCAGCGCAGCCCGGCGGCCGAGCGGCUCGAGGAGCUGCUCAACGCCGCCGACCAGCAGGGCCUGACCGAGCUGACCGACGACGCGGCGGCGGCGGCGCAGCAUCAGCAGGCGGGCCGAGCGCGCGACAAGCCGCCCAAGCGCCGCUCCAAGUCCGAGACGGGCGGCGAGUCCAUCUUCCGCAAGCUGCGCGGCGUCCGCAGCGACGUGGACUCGCCGCGGGCCGGCUCGGACGCCGAGGACGGACGCGGCUCCGAGGACUGCGGCGUUGGCGGCGGCGUGUCGGUCGGCCCGCUCAAGCCCUGGGUGUGCCAGAAGGGCUUCACGCACUACGACGUGCAGAGCCUCGUCUUCGACCUCAACGAGGUCAUCCAGAGCCGGCAGACGGCCGCCGCCCGCCGCAAGAACACCACCACGGGCGCCUCGGCCGCCGCCGUGGCCUCCUCGGCCUCCGCCUCCUCCACCCUCUCCUCCACGCACAGCCUGCCCUACAGCUCCCCUAGUGGCAGCCAGGAGGAGCUGAGCGGCCGCGACGACCCCGCCGAGACCCAGAGCAACGAGCUGGUGCUGGGCUGCCCGUUCUUCCGCACCGAGACCGGCGGCGGGGACGGCAGGGAGCCGGACGAGCCGGCGCCCGUCGAAGUGGGGGGCACGUACGAGUCACCGAUGACCCCGUACUGCAUGAACGCCGGCGUGGCGGUUCUGGAGGGCCAGAAAGACGGACCCAACGCCCUCAACGACCGGAACAAGCAGUACAUCAUAGAACACGUGGACCUGGGGGCGUACUACUACAGGAAGUACUUCUACUUGAGAGACCACUGGAACUACUUUGGGUUGGACGAGGCGUUGGGCCCCGUGGCCUUGAGUGUCCGUCGGGAGAAGCUGGAUGACCACAAGGACCACGGCCCUCAGUACAACUACAGGCUCAUCUUCCGCACCAGCGAGCUGACCACGCUGCGAGGCUCCAUCCUGGAGGACGCGGUCCCGUCGAGUGCGAAGCACGGCACGGCGCGGGGGCUGCCCCUCAAGGAGGUGCUGGAGCACCUGGUGCCCGAGCUGGACGUGCCCUGCCUCCGCCUCGCCCUCAACACGCCCAAGGUCACCGAGCAGCUCAUGAAGCUCGACGAGCAAGGGUUGAGUUUCCAGGUGAAGGUGGGGAUGAUGUACUGUCGGGCGGGUCAGAGCACGGAGGAGGAGAUGUACAACAACGAGACGGCCGGCCCCGCCUUCGACGAGUUCCUGCAGCUGCUGGGGGAGAAGGUCCGGCUCAAGGGCUUCACCAAGUACCGGGCCCAACUGGACACGAAGACGGAUUCCACGGGAACGCACUCCCUCUACACGUCGUACAAGGACUACGAGAUCAUGUUCCACGUGUCCACCAUGCUCCCGUACACGCCCAACAACAAGCAACAGGUCGGCAUCCUCACCUCUACCUUGCUCGUGCCCCAGCUACUCAGGAAGAGGCACAUUGGGAACGACAUCGUCACCAUCGUCUUCCAGGAGCCCGGAGCUAUGCCGUUUACUCCCAAGAACAUCCGCUCACACUUCCAGCACGUCUUCAUCAUCGUUCAAGUGCACAACCCCUGCUGCGACGACACAUGCUACAGCGUGGCCGUCACCCGCUCCCGUGACGUCCCAUCGUUCGGACCGCCGGUUCCGCGGGGCGUGACCUUCCCCAAGUCCACCGUCUUCCGGGACUUCCUGCUGGCCAAGGUGGUCAACGCCGAGAACGCGGCGCACAAGUCGGACAAGUUCCGCGCCAUGGCGACGCGCACGCGCCAGGAGUACCUGCGCGACCUGGCCGAGCGCCACGUGACGGCCACGCCCGUGGAGCCCGCCGGGAAGUUCCCCUUCAUCUCGCUGGCGCACCGCAAGCGGGAGCGGAGCCGGCCCUACAGCGGCGCGGAGCUGCGCGGGCCCGGCGCCCUCACCUGGCUGGUCCACGCCGAGGACCAGACGGCCGGCGCCGAGCGCGAGUGCGUGCUGGCCGUGUCCAGCGAGCUGCUGCUGCUGCUGGACCGCCAGGCCAAGGCCGUGGUGUUCAGCUGCGCCGUGCGCGACGUGAUUGGCUGGUCGCUGGGCAGCCCCGCCUCCAUGAAGGUCUUCUACGAACGGGGCGAGAGCGUGUCGCUGCGGUCCAUCAACAACAACACCGAGGACUUCGGCGAGGUGGUCAAGCGACUCGAGCUCCUGUCUAAGGGCUGCCAGACUACGGAGAUGACCCUGCGCCGGAACGCUCUGGGCCAGCUGGGUUUCCACGUCAACUUCGAGGGCAUCGUGGCGGAGGUGGAGCCGUACGGCUACGCGUGGCAGGCGGGGCUCCGGCAGGGCAGCCGAUUGGUGGAGAUCUGCAAGGUGUCGGUGGCGUCGCUCUCCCACGAACAGAUGAUCGACCUGCUGCGGACGUCCGUCACCGUGAAGGUGGUCAUCAUCCCGCCCCACGAGGACUCCACCCCACGCAGAGGCUGCUCAGAAAUGUACCACAUGCCGCUGGUGGACUACAAGAACCAUAAGGAGGGCAUGCCAUACGAGCUGAAGUUCCCCUUCCGCAGCAACAACAACAACAAGUGGCCGCGCUCGUCGGGCAGCCCGCAGCAGACGGUGGGCUCGUCGGCCCAGAGCCGCGGCACGGGCAUGGGGGGCACGCUCAUCAAGGCGCCCGCCGCCGAGUACUCCGACCGCAGCGGGGUCAUCCCGCGCAGCGUGUCCAGCGACGGACGACCCAUGAACCCCAAAAGGUCAGCAGGGAGGUACUCUCCAGGGUCUGAUAACUACGCGUUGGCGUGCUCUAUAGUGAUGGGCCGCUCGCCACACAUGCGGAACUCCCCCAGCGGUGCCCCCUACGCCAGCGAUGCCAACACUGCCGGCACUGCCCACUGGAGACAGAAGUCUAUGCCUGAGGGGUUCAACGCUAACAGGAACUCUCCGCUGGUGUCAGAGCGGCAGAACCUGAACGAGGUGGUUAACGGGGUGAAGGUCACCCCCUGCUGGCCAAGAGUGGUGGACGGGGAGGCACCCCGAGGAACCGAAAGAACCCCAACAGAACCACCUACCCCAAAGCCCAAACCAGCCAUCAGCACCACAGAACAACAAGAUGGAGGCUCAACCCACUCUCCCUGCAAGAGCUCCAAGACGGAGCCUCCUUACUCCAGCCAAUCAAGCAGCAACACGCUCUCAAGCACCGCCUCCAGCUCCACCCACAGCGACGAGAAGUGGUACGAGAUUGGCUGUCGCUCGGGGGCGGGUUCUCGUCCCGACUCGGAGCUCAACGGCUUCGCUGGGGCCGGCGGUGGCAGCAGCGGCUACCUCCAGGGGGCGUCGACGGACAGCGGAAUCGACGCCACGUCCUACGGGGCGACCCUGACCAGUAACGCGCCGCUCGUCCUGCCGGCGCGGGCCUCCAAGGAGAAGACCCCCUCCCCCUCCGCCUCCGCCUCGUGUGCCUGGAGCGAGGGCUCGUCGGCGGGCAGGCGGGCGUCCGAUGUCCCCUCUCCCCCGGCGGAGGCGUCCUCCAUCAGCCCCGUGGACAGCCCCGAGGAACCGGCCAAGAGCCCCAGCAACUACCCACCUGCCCCCGACGCCAGCGGCUACCCCCGCAGCGACGCGGCCUCGCACUCCAGCACCCUGAGUUCGGGUCACUCUGGCAGCCCCCUGGGUUCCGGCGCGGAGGAGUCUGCUCGCCCCACCUCGCCCCCCUCCCACACCUCCCUCUCCCCCGGCCCCAAGAGCUUCUACCCCCGCCAGGGAGCCACCAGCAAGUACCUCAUCGGCUGGAGGAAGCCCGGAAGCACCAUCAACCCUGUGGACUUUGGCAACACGCGCAAGCGUCACCAGAGUGAGGGGCAACUGAGCGGGCAGCCCCAGUUGAGGGCCACCAUGCGGGUGACUCACUCCCCCCAGCACAUCCCCAAGUCCAGCAUCGAGGAGGACCUGAAGAAGCUCAUCACUCUGGAUAGCCCCCCGCCCGUCAGUCAGGAGUUCAAGCCCUCCUUCUCCAGUGCUGCCCCUUCGCGUCGGUCUCUUCAGCGGACGCUGUCGGACGAGAGCAUCUACAGCGGGCAGCGUGACCCCGUGACCUCUGUGCCCUCCGACGGCCUGUUCAGCUGCUCCACCAUGCCCCGCUCGCCCACCGCACGCCACGCACCGCAGCGCCAGCCCUCCUACAACCAGGGAGCCAAGUCCCUCGGUGACCUGACGUCUCAGGAGGCGUGUGUGUUUGAGGCGGACCUGCGACGGCCUCUCCCCGACCCCCCCCUCAUGCCACUGCCGGACGCCAGUGCUGACCGCGGCCUCGACUGGUCUGACCUGGUGGACGCCGCCAAGGCCUUCGAAGCUCAGAGAGCCAACUUCCUGUCUGUCCAAGAUGGCAGUGCCAUCUCCCAGCAGGCCGAGCCCCAGACUGCCCCACAGCGCCACCCCUCGCCUGCUGAGAUGCCAGCCUGUCUCCUGGGGAAGGUCAGUCAGCUGGAGUCGAUGGUCAAGCUGUUGCAGGAUGACCUGAAGAAGGAGAAGGAUGCCAAGCUAAAUCUGCAGGCCCAGAUCCAGAGUCUGCGGGACGAUAACCAGCGUCUGCAGGAGGAGUCUCUGAACGCCUCGGCCAAGCUCAAGAAGUUCACCGAGUGGGUCUUCAACACCAUCGACAUGAACUGAGACCGCAGGAGUCCGCCUCGCUAUCGAUGCUCUGCUCUCGCCGCCUCAGACACACACACACACACUCUCUCUCUCACACACACACACACACACACACACACACACACAAGCACACGCAUACACAGGCGCCGGGACAAACGCUGUCAAACACACCCAGAGACCGGAAGCUGUCGAACACACCAGAGACCGGACCAGACGCUGUCAAUCAAACUCAACAAUGCAACUGAUCACCGGAGACUCUCCCACACUCCUGAGAGAGCUGACCAGGAGGAGUCACUCACAGACGCAGACGCAGACACCAACCAAAUCAGUCAAUGAACCACACAGCACAAACUGAGUCACUUUGAGUCAUUCUUAACCUGUGUGAAUCACACAGUACGAACUGAGUCUCUGCCAGCGAUUCUGAACCGAUAUGAAUCAUAAUACAAAGCCUGAGUUGCUUCCAGCGAUUCUGAACCGAUAUGAAUCACACAAUACAAACUGAGUCAUUUCUAACGAUUUUGAAGUAGUAAGAAUCACACAAUACAAACUGUUGUUUCCAGCUAUUCUGAAUCCGUAUGAAUCACACAAUACAAACUGAGUCGUUUCCAGCGAGUCUGAACCAGUAUGAAUCACACAGUACAAACUGAGUCGUUUCCAGCGAUUCGGACCCAGUAUGAAUCACACAGUGCAAACGGAGUCGUUUCCAGCGAUUCUGAAUCGGUAUGAAUCACACAGUACAAACUGAGUUGCGUUGAGUCUCGGUGAACUGCAUGCAGUCCCUCUCUCUCCGCUUCCCCGUGACACGUGCUGCCCGUGCAUGCUGUGACGUGACGAAGCCUUCCUCCACACACACACACACACACACACACACACAUACUCACACAUACUCACACACACAUACAGUACAUACACACACACACCUAGUCACCCCUCUGUGCGCGUGUGUUUGAUAUCCUGAUGUGGAGAGACAAUCAAUUGCGUUAGGCUUCAAUCAAAACCCUGUGAGACCCUUGUGUCUGUGUGUUUGUAUAGAUUCAUUUUACUCCCUCAGAGUCUCUCUGUGUGUGUGUGUGUGUGUGUGUGUGUGUGUGUGAGGCUGCGUGCAUGCGUGCGUGUGUUCACAUGUGUUUUUUAAUGGGUUCCUUAAUUUGUCAGACCUGUCAGUCAUCUCAAGUGAAAUAUUGUUGCAGUUUUCCUCUGCACGCCAACCACGAUGGAAACCAUGAUGUUAUUACAGUGACCGAUAUGUUUUUGUUAUAAAUGUAAUAAUAUGAGUGACUAAAGAGACCCUUAGCGUCAUUGGAUGGCGUCUCAAUUUUACCCUUGCAAGGUACAAACUGGAAGACUUAACUGUGUAGCUUAAAAAGACUUCCCUUGAAGCUCUCUCCUCACUUUAAUGUUGACCAUAAGAAGAAUGUAGACAAAAAUACAUUCAAUUUAUUAAAUUAUAAUCAGAAAUGCUUGGUCAUCACAUGAAUAUGGAAAGUAUAUUGUAUGUAAAAAAAAGAAUAUAUGUAUAGCAAUGAUGUGUAAACUUUUAUUUUAAUGCCAUAAAGACACAUAGGUUAGAACUCAGAAGCUAUCUAUUGAUUAUCUAACCAGUUGCUUUUUAAUGCGAAGUUUUACAUUUUUAUUCAGCAAGAAAUGUCACAUUGCGACAUUGACUGGAAUUGACAUAGUUUAGUACGCGAGAGGUGUAUGCUUAGCUGAGACGACUGGGUGGAUGAGCCCAUGGAUGUGGCGUGAACUGUAGUGUGUUUGAGCUAAGUAUGUGCUGACUGCCAUGGGCCAUCCCCAGAUUAAGGUUGGUGUUGGCGGCUGCAUCUUUGCCUGCUGUGAUGGGGUGUGAACAGUGCCAUCUAGUGGUCAAGAAAGUAUGUGCAAUUUCUUUUUAUAUACAAAACUCCACUCCGAGUACUCUGUGUAUAUUCUCCAGACCUGUGUGAACCCUGAGGACAGGCUCUUCCCAUUAAAACCUAACUUUUUCCUUA